AUUUUUUAAUGGACCGUACCAACUCAACACGACGCAUUUUACAUCUACAGGCUUAUUCGGAAUUUUCACCUAAUCGUCAACCUGAAAUCGGAUCAUACAUCAGCAAAAUUAAUUUCUAAUUUCUAAUAGAAAAAAAAAAAAAAAAAAACACCAAAAAAGAGCGAACAGAAAGAGGGAAAAGUUAGUUUGAGAAGUGCAAAGAACAAGGAGAGGAGAGGAGAGGAUCUAGGACUAUUUCAUCAUAAUUUGGAGUAUUUGAUCUUUCUUAUUUCGUUUCAAUGUAGUAACGUGAAACAUAAAAACAGUUUGUUUUUAUUAGAUUGCUUUUAGGAUUCAAUCAAAUUGGAUGAAUCGCAGCACAGCGGAUGAUGGUUUGUUGUUGCUCUCAGAAUCUGAGAGAUGGGAUUCACGCUUGCCUUCGCGAUUAUGAUAGGCUCCAGUAUGUGGCCGUCAUCCUCAUUUACAUCCAAAUUGGGUGCGCCUUGAUCGGAUCCCUGGGCGCAUUAUACAACGGUGUGUUGCUCAUUAAUUUGGCCAUAGCGUUGUUCGCUUUGGUGGCCAUCGAGAGCAGCAGUCAGAGCUUAGGCCGAACCUACGCCGUUUUGCUCUUCUGCGCCAUUUUGCUCGACAUUUCGUGGUUCAUCCUCUUUUCCCACGAUAUUUGGAACAUGUCGAGCGAGAGCGAGGAGAAUGGCGGAAUUUUGUUCAUCUUCUCUGUCAGACUAACGCUUGCGAUGGAGAUUGUGGGGUUUUGUGUGAGGUUGUGGUCGUCCCUGUUGUGGAUUCAAAUAUAUAGGCUGGGGAUUUCAUAUGUAGACAGUGCUGCCGUUCCACGAGACCCUGAUUUUGAUUUGAGAAAUAGUUUUCUAAGCCCUGCAACUCCCUCCAAUUCCCUACUUAGACAGUGCUCUCACAAUGACUCUGAUGACGCUUUAGGAGGUGCCAUCUAUGAUCCCUCUUAUUACUCUUCUCUCUUUGAAGACCGUCAGCAGCACAACAGAAAUUCUUUUCUGGGUCAUAGUGAUGGUGUUAGUGGAAAUGGAUCUGCUUCUGGUGCUGAACCUUCUCAGCUAAAGGCAUCACCUGUAAGGCCUCUUCGUGCUAUUGAUGAGGAGAAUGCUACAGAAGUGCCUCAGACUGAUUGAAUUCAAGCAUGGUAUCUAUGAAAAACUCAGCUUAUUGUUAUCUCUUACAAAUAUCUUGUUUGGAGGCUUCUUAAAUUUAUCCGGCAUGGUCCAAAAUAUGGGUAGGAGUGGGAUUUGUAUAGGUUCCUACUUCGUUAUUCUUUUCCCAGCAUGUAGCUGCAGCACUUUGAGAUAGAAAAGGCAAAUGCUCAGUUUGUCCUGUAAGAAAUAGAGUUAAGAAGGUUUUGCUAUUUUAUAAGUUCUGAAUUCGAUGUCAUAGUAAGCCAAGGUUACUUUCUUAGCUCAAAGGUCUAGAUCAGAAUCCAAGCCCAGCCCAUGGUUAGGGUAACAGGUACGAUUGUGCUUUCUCUAACCUUCUUUGGAUUGGCUUGUUGCCUGUGCUUUAAGCAACGUCGCUAAACAUUGGGAUGCCAUCUGCUGUCCCAGGAUAUGUCUAGGUCCAACUUGGAAUGCCAUCCUUCUUGAAGAGCCACCAGUUUAGGGUGUUAUAAGAGUUGGUUGGAAAAUUCUUUAGAAAGCAAAUUUCCAAUACUGCGCUUUUUUUUUUUGUCAUUUUGAAAGAUUUGUGAGGAUGUUUUUACUCGUAUUAUAUGGAAUGAGUUAUUCCUUUUUUUUCCCCCCCUAUUAUAUAAAGAAGCAAGUAACUUUAUGUUGCUGAGGUAGUGCGGUAGAGGCAUAUAGCCUAGUUGGCUGUCAACUGUUUUUUCACCCAAAUAUGUAGUCUCAUAUUUAUAUCCUUCGCCUCUUAUCAGCUUACAACACAUUAAAAAAAAGGGCUUUUAGUCUGGAUGAAAAUCAUUAGAAUCUGUUAUUUUUGUCAUACGAGUGUUUAUGUGAUAUGGCAUGUAAUGCCAGCUUUUAUGGCACGUACCACAUUAAUUUUUUCCCAACUUUUAUUUUGCCAAGUAUGUUUCAUGUAGAUGUUGACGCAACAUAGAUA